AUGGGUCGCGCAAGUUUUACUUCAUCCAUUUGGCACUCUAGGAUCCGUCUUUUCGCAUUUUCUGUAAUUUUUUUUUUGCUCACACUUUUAUUGGAUUUAAUUAGUGACCAGGACCCUGGCGACAAUUAUCCUGAACAAAAUGCAGAAACGAGUUUCAAUGAAGACUUUGACUAUGCUCUUGAAGCUUUGAAUUAUAUGUAUGAUCUUCAAAACGGAAAAGCUGAAAUUCUUCCAGUAGUUGAACAGUUGUUACUAAUUGAUAUUUUGACUUUGAAGCCAAAACGGGUAAAUGUAAUAUGGCGAUGUGGCUUAAAGUGGCCUACGCACUUUUUAAACGAAGGAUGGUUGUCGGUUAAUGAUUUUCAUAUAUUUUCUGCUACCAUAGAUGACAACUUGUCAGUUGUGGUUGAAGCUACUGUGCGAGAAAUUUGGCAGCGAGCAUGGGACCCUAGAAGUUUUUUUUACAUUCCCAAUUUGAUCAGCUGUCCACUUCCGGAAUAUUUUGUCGAAAAAGAGCAUCUGGCUGUGUCUGUUGUGAAUAGCGCUUGUCGGGGAAGCGACGAAGCCAUACGGGUCAGGAGGACAAAACCACCGAAGAAUGGUAAAAAAAUAUGGUUGUUUCAAAUAGAAAUGAAUAGAUUGGUUGUCAGAAAACUUAAGGUUCCACUAACUCUUCCCGGUAAUUCACCUAAUAAUCCAUUUACAAGAAGCCAUUUUAUUUGGAGGAAUAGGCAACAGAAACGUCGUCAUGAGCUAAUUCCAUACAAUGAUUGUUUGUACAGGCAUAUUGACACUCAUAACUAUAUUUUGAUUGUGGAUACCGACGAGCUUGUUGUUCCCUUGCAGAGUAACAACUGGUCAGAGCUACUUCGAGUUACGAUUGGAAAUGAAACAAAACAUCCUGUAACUUCGAUAUCUGUCCGAAACGUUUUCAAAUUUGUUACAAAUUCAUCUGAUUCUAACGUCCCUGAAUAUAUGUUCAUGUUAAGAAAUAGACGGAUGUCUAAACUUCUCAGCAAACCUAAUGAAUAUGGCAAAAGUUUCACAAGUACGGAUACCGUGGCAACCGUAUUCAAUCAUUUUGCUCUUCACCGACAAUACGGCAAUGUUUCAAGGACGAUUCAUGCACAUCCAGACGUAGCACUAAAACUUCAUUACAAAAUUACAUGCCCGAUAGAAUCACGAAAGCAGUGUUUUCUUUACCAGAACGAGACUGUUGAUGAUAAAAGUCUGGACAGGUUUGCAGAUGAUCUUAUAACACGGGUUACGCGUGUGCUAAAUUUACUGAAAUUGAAGUAA